AUGGUGCCUCAACCGCUCAACCUCACCAAAAACUCCUAUCUUUCAGCUCCAGCAGCAGCGCGAGCCUAUGGACCCAAGACACCAACAGAUAUACCCAGCUUCGCCCAGACCUCAAGUCCACCACGCAUCAUGGCCCCAAGACAGCGUCGCCGCGCUACAGUCAUCGCACUCAACCGCAGAACACCUCCCCACAUUGCUUUGGAGUCUCCCCCACGCAGGCGUAAAAGCGCGACUGAUCGUCGUAGGAGUUUGCAGUCGCAUUUAUGCUCUGCGCAGAGUCUCACAUUGCGCAAUCCAAGCAAUGGCCUUAUCCAGAAGGGCUCUGCGAUACGCAACAAUUAUUGCGACUGCACUUCGGGCUUGGACAUAAAAUUGACCGAGCUUUGCGUCGAGCGACCAGAUCGCGAACCUUUGCGGUCACCGGCGUUGUUUGCACCUUGUCGCUGGAGUAUUCCUUCACCAACGCCGGGGAGCUCCUUUGAGCAGAGCGAGCAGAUUUAUCAGUUUCAGGGUCAAUGUGAUGGGAGUCGGAAGAGCAGACGGGCUACGUGGGCAUUUGACGUUGAUGGGGGGCUGAACAAAUUACCGUCUUGUCCGUUCUGGACAUGUCCAGAGUAUCGAUAG